AUGUGUUUAUACUUAAUUUUAAUAACAAUAGCCAGCACAAUUGCCGCGACAACACCAGCCACCGCUGUUUUGUUAACAAACACAUUUACUAAAUGUCUAUAUAGUUUCACAGCAACUCAGUUUCCAUCGUUCACUCUACCUCCGGCUCAGCCGCACAGCCCCGGAGAUCAACGGCUGAAUUUGUACAAUGACAUUCGCCUGAGCAACGGAAGUGCCUUGAAUGCCGGCCAAGGCUGCAAUGGUGGUCGAUCAAGUGGAGAAUACGGAUAUCUGAAUGAAAGUAAUGGCCAAUGGAUGACGAGUUAUACGGAUGCUGACGGAAGAUCAGCGAAUCUGAAUGUAUUUUAUGCUACGGCGCAAAGCGCAUUAAAUGUAGUUACAUUACAAACGAACUACGGAAACUUGGGAUCAACCAGCGCAGCAACGAUAUCAGCUAUUAUGUCAAGCUCGCCCAGAUACGUCUUAGCUCUUUUGUACAGAGGAUAUUCAAAUAUGUUCGCUCAUAUGGACUUAAAGAAUUCGACAUUUCAAAUAGAUGCUGUACGUGCCGGUUUAUCAAUAAUUCAACCAAUUCUCUUUGUUUAA